AGACAGACACACAGAGACAACUCUCUCUCUCUCUCACGUUGGCAGCAUGUUCCCAGGAGGUUACAGAGGUACUGGCUCCUACUCUGCAGGUCACCACAGAGUGACACAGAAGUACGGCGUGCCCCAGGGGGGCAUGGGCACCACGGUGCCCUCGCUCACUACCAGCCAGGACCUCCAGUGGAUGGUGCAGCCCACAGUGAUCACCACCUCGACAUCUAAUCUCGACCCCAGGACCUACUCGUACCCAGCCCUGGGCAUGGGCUCCGCCCCGGGUUCGUCGCGCGCGGGGGUGAUUAGGGCAUACAUGCCCCCCCUCAGGGGGAGGAGACAGAAAGAGGAGGAGGACCCCGGCUGCUCAACACCUCCCAUCCCGUUCUCGGCUGAGACGCCGGGAAUGGGAUCCGACUGGCCUCGGCGGAUGCCCGUUCCCGAAUCCGACUGGCGCCAGCGUUGGGUGACCCAAGGCUUGGCGGACUCCUCAGCCGGGAAGGACACCUGGAUCCCGAGGGAAACGGACCAACUGGAGGAUGUGAAAUCGGGACUGCAGAAGGAAAUCGCUGACUUGCAGAAGGAGAAGGAGAGACUCGAGUUCAUCCUGGAAGCCCACCAGCCCAUCUGCAAAAUCCCGGACGAUUCCCAGGCUCCCUUGACGUCCGCAACGGCCAAGGGAUCCUCGGAGAGGCCAAGGGACGCGGUCGCCAGGGCGACGGACUGCUCCUUCAGGCCCAAGCCACCGAGAGUGGCCAUCAAGCCCUCCUCCAGCCGGGAUGGGCCGGAGCCUGAGGCUCUGCACACCCCGACCGUGGUGCGGACCCCCUCGGGCACUCCCUACGCCGCCGGCCUGACCUUCACCUACCCCGGCGCCGCCUUCGAUCUGGAACCUUCCCCCGGGCCCUCCGGCCAGGCCUCGGGCCUGUACACGCCCCCGGAGCCCUGCGCCGCAGCCCAUCGCCGUGGUAGCAGCAGCGGUGGUGACCAAUCGUCCGAUUCGCUCAGCUCCCCCACCCUGGUGACCCUUUAGGCACCUGGCAACCCGUGGGGGUGGGGUGUGUGGGGAAUGGUCAGUGCGGUGGGUGCGGGUCAUUUACAAAGCACUGGGCGGCCAUCUUUGAGUUGGCAUUGCCCACUCUACAUUGAAUGGUUUCUGGACCACCAUGCCCCCCACCCCCUUCCCCCAUUCUCUCCCACCACCUCCCCCCCCAACCACCCCAUGGAUAAUCAAGGAACCCCCUCCCACGGCCCAGCCACUGCUCACUAUUUAUUCUGAAAUGUAUUUUUGUAUAAUUUAUUUUUUACACUUGGGUUCGUGUGGGUCUGAGGAGGGUGGGGCGGGGGGCGGUGAUGGAGCGCUCACUGCUGCUCGACAGAAAAUUAAACAGUCGCCCACUCGGCCAAGGUUUUCGCCUCCGAUUUUCUCGUCCCUCGGCUCUCUCCUUCUCUCGCAUGCUCCACACUUCGAAUCAGCUCAGAGUCACGAGGGAAGGGGGCAGCACCAUCGGAGGCCUCCCUGAGCCUGGGCCUCAUGGAAAUGCCCAAGAAACGGGAGCAGGAACAGGAGAUUUGGCCCCUCGGGCCUACUCCGCCAUUCGAUUGAGAUCGUGGCUCCCCGCACCCCAUCCCUCGAUGUCUUUGAUGUCUAGAGAAGCUCUUGAUCUCCGCCUUGAACGUUCUCAGUGACUGAGCCUCUACUGCCCUUUGUGGCAAAGAUUCCCCACCUUCUGAGGGAAGAAAUUCCUCUGCAACUCAGUACCAAAAUGGCCGACCCCUUAUCCUCCUCGUCUCCAUCCCAAAAUGGCCGACCCCUUAUCCUCCUUGUCUCAGCCCCUAAAUGGCCAAACCCUUAACCUCCUUGUCUCCAUCCCAAAAUGGCCGACCCCUUAAACGCCUCAUCUCAGUGCCAAAAUGGCCAACCCUUUAUCCUCCUCAUCUCAGUGCCAAAAUGGCCAACCCCUUAUCCUCCUCGUCUCUGUCCCAAAAUGACCUACCUCUUAUCCUCCUUGUCUCAGCCCCAAAAUGGCCAAACCCUUAACCUCCUUGUCUUCAUCCUAAAAUGGCCAACCCGUUAUCCUCCUCCUCUCAGUGGCAAAAUGGCUGACCCCUUAUCCUUCUCGUCUCAUGCCCAAAAUGGCCGACACCUCCUCCUGAAACUAAGUGUCACCCCUGGUCCUAGACACACCCCCACCCCUGCCAGGGGGGAAACCUCCUCCAUGCAUCCCAAACUCGUCAAGAGAAAGAGUCUUGUAUCCUACAAUCGGGUCACCUCUAAAGCCCAGACAAUACAGGCCCUGUCUCCUCAAUCUCUCCACCUGGGACACUGGGAUCAUCCCAAGGAUCAGGAAACUUUGCUACACUCCCUCACAGAACAGAAUCAUAGAAUUCCUACAGUAUGGAAGCAGGCCAUUUGGCCCGAGUGCACACCGAUAUGCCGAAGAGCAUCCCACCCAGACCCAGACCCCACACCAUCCCUGUAACCCUGCAUUUACCUAUGGCCAGUCCACCCUACCCUGCACAUCUUUCCCCUCUGUGGCAAGUCGAUCCUUCCUUAGAUAAGGAGAGCAGAACUGUACAUGAUACUCUAGGCGCAGACUCACAGAGGCUUUGUCCAAAUGCAGCAAGACAUGUUUACUCUCGUAUUGAAUUGUUAGUUUUCAGUCAGUCCUGAGUGAGGCCACCCCUGGCUGAUUUGGACCUUAACACCACCUGAUCAAGGAGGCACUUUCUAGCUCUCCCCAAACCCUCACAUUUACCCCAGGGCGUGUUCUAGCUACCAGGCUCAAACCUGUCUACGUCUCGCUGAGGGCUCCUUGUGUUGUCCUCACAUUUCCGGUCCCCGACCCGCUCCCCCGAAUGUUUGUGUCAUCCACAAACAUGGAAAUGUUGCAUUUCGUUUCUCAUUGGACUUGUCCAUCCUCCAUCCCAGGAGUCAGUCCAGUGAACUGUGUGCGAAAUGCUUCUGAUCCUGAGGUUAGGUCCAGCCAUGCUCUCCCCUGAAGGCCUGUAUGGUUAUGCCGAGACUCCCCUAAUUUUAUACUCCAUUCCCAUUGCAAUGGCUCUCCCCAGUAAACCACUCACACUGACACUGCAUACUGCAUACUGACCUUCACCUGACUCACCAUGUGGACAAAUUUCUCUAUCCACAUUCUAAUGUCAAAGCAAUAUUAUUGCAUUGAUAGACUUCCAGCUAACCUCAUAAACACUGUAUCUAACCCUGUGCUGUCCCUGUCCUGGGAGUGUUUGAUGGGGGACAGCAUAGAGAGAGCUUUACUCUAUAUCUAACCCUGUGCUGUCCCUGUUC